AUAUGGUCACACAGUAGCUCGCGUUAUUUAUUUUCUUGGUUUAAUAUUAUUUUAUUUAAGUUAAACGAAGCGCACAAAACAGUUUUAAGUAAAAGAUGAAUGUCAUGAUCCGUUGCACGUUCCUGCUGCUCACCAUGGCCAUAUGUGGCAGCUGGGCCAUUCGCUGCUACCAGUGCUCCUCCGACCAGGAUCGCAAGGGACACGACAGCUGUGGCGCCUACAAGAGAUUCAACCGCACCGAGCACAUUUCCAUUGAGUGCAACAGCGACGAGAGUCACAUGCCAGGAUCCUUCUGCAUGAAGGUGGUGCAGCAGGGACCACGAGGAUUCAUCUGGGAUGGUCGUUGGCGCCAGGUGAUCCGACGAUGUGCAUCCGUUUCCGAUACCGGAGUGGUUGGCGUCUGUAACUGGGGAGUCUACGAAAACGGAGUGUACUGGGAGGAGUGCUACUGCUCCAGCGACAGUUGCAAUGGCUCCAGCUUAGUUCAAAUGCACGGAUCCCUGCAGCUUCUGUUGGGUCUACUGUUGAUUGGCGUUGCCUCCAGAAUAUUUAGAAGUUAAUAGGAAAACCAGGCUUACCCUCACCACAAACACAUAACAAAAAGUGCCUUUUCGCCACUCUACAUGAUAUCUAAGAUAAGAUUGACUUUUGAUAUCAGAAACACAUUCCGUCCACCUUUUUCCUGCCUAUAAUUAAGUCGAAAAGUUGAAAACAUUUGAAUCGUUUACGAACAUUAGUUAUCAUUAUUAUCCAAACAGAGGCAGGUAAAUUUACAAAGACCAAAACUAGCUAAAAUAUUUAAAUGAAAAGUAAACGUCAAACAAUUGUAAAUUUCGUAUGACGCUUGCUCGUUUUGUAAAAUUAACUCAAUGUACUUGCGUGUUCCAAAAGAUUUUACUACAUUCUUAUCUCUUAUAAAUUUAUAGGUAGUUUGAUUUUUAAAAAAUGACCAUUCCGAAAAUGCUAACGAUUCCCAUAUUUAUUAGUAGAACUUACCUGCCAUAUCCGAUUAACCAGCACCAUAUCGAAAAACCAGUAAAUUGUACACACAGAAUCUCGAGUUAAGCAUCUAAUAUGAAAAUAUAUCCUAUAUUAAGAGUA